AUGACAUACAAUCCUGGUCCAGAGUUUCUCAAAAACAGCAUUCGAAUGAAACCAGAUUUAGAUGGUCUUGGUGCUCUUGGUGACUUAGGUUGGUACAGCAUUCAAUCCAUCUUAUGGGCAGUUAACUAUGAGCUUCCAAAAUCAGUUCUUGCAUUUCCAAAAUCAACAUUCAAUGAAGAAGGUGUAAUCAUAUCAUGUGGUUCAUCAUUACAUUGGGAAGAUGGAAAAUGUGCUACAUUUCAUUGCUCUUUUUUAACCUAUGUUACAUUUGAUGUCACAAUUUUGAGCACGAAAGGUUCGCUUCGUCUUCACGAUUUGACACUUCCAUUUGAAGAGAGUUUCGGAUAUGGAACAUUUUUAGAGUCAUCGGAGAUCGAUUAUGGAAAGAUCGAAUCGGGGAGGUGGUGUCCGAAGCCGAAUGAACAUGUUGUUGAGACAGAGUUUUGUCAAGAUGUUUGGAUGGUUAAGGAGUUUGUUGAUUUGGUUGGAAAGGUUAAGAGUUUGAAAAUGAAACCUGACAAGAAGUGGGGUGUAAAAAGUAAAAAAGUUCAAAUUGUGUUGGAUGCUGUUAAGGAGUCUAUUCAAAGAGGUUACCAAUCUGUUGAAAUCAUGAUGAAUUAG